CUGUGUAGUUCGUGGAAGGGAGGACUUCACUAAACUUUGAAACAAGUUAUAUUCUUUCUGGCUUCUCUGGCAUAUACUUGAUAUGAGAAUAAUGCCUUAACACAUUUGUUUUUCCUCUGUGUAAGGAUUUUCUAAAAAACAUUCCGGAAAGCAUUUUUGCAAAAAGGCUCUACCACGAGUGGCUGUCCGUAAUGGAGAAAAGCAGCGACAGACAGAAAAUUGAAAAAAUUAAAAGGCUAUUAGACCAGCUACCAAGAGCAAACGUUGUGCUCUUACGGUACGUGUUCCUGGUCUUAAGUAAUAUCGCUGAACUCUCCGCGGCAAAUGAAAUGGAUGCUUUACACUUAGGGGUGUGUAUGGCUCCAAGUAUUAUCUGGCAUCCUUCUGCAAGCAGAGAAGAAAUGGCCUCUGCAGAAAAGCUUGUGGAAUUUGUGAUAAAAAACUGCCGCAACAUCUUUGGAGGACACGUCACUGCCCUGUUUGGAGAGUCAUCCGGAAUAUAAAAUACUCAAGAAAAACCCUCAGAUACAUCUAGCUUUCCAGAG